GAGGAGGCGGGGCCCGACACCGCGCAUGCGCAGCGGCGGGUUAUCAGCCGGGCGAGCGCAUGCGCAGCACCGCCCUUUCCUGCCAGGCUCUCGGACGUACCACACGACCCACCUUGAAAGAUGGCAGAUCCUGCCGAUGUGGAUUUUGAGACUGGCCACUCUGGGGCUUCAACCACCUAUCCCAUGCAAUGCUCUGCGCUGCGUAAAAACGGCUUUGUGGUGCUGAAAGGGCGCCCGUGCAAGAUUGUGGACAUGUCAACUUCCAAGACUGGCAAGCAUGGCCAUGCCAAGGUUCACUUGGUGGGCAUUGACCUAUUCACCGGCAAAAAGUAUGAGGACAUCUGCCCUUCCACCCACAACAUGGAUGUGCCCAACAUCAGAAGAUCUGACUACCAGCUGAUUGGCAUUCUGGAUGGCUACCUGUCUCUCCUGGGUGAUAGUGGGGAGGUGCGUGAUGACCUGAAGCUGCCUGAUUCGGAGCUGGGGAAGGACAUAGAGCAGCGUUACAAUGCUGGCGAGGAGACAGUGAUCACUGUACUCAGCGCUAUGAAUGAAGAAUCUGCUAUUGCUGCCAAGGUGAUGAGCAAGUAACUGCGACAUAGGAUACAGCUUCUGGUUUAAAAAAAGUCCAGGCCUGUGAGCUAAAAGUGCGCUUUGGGAUUGAGAGACAUUUUAUUUCAAUGAAAAAAACGACAAAAGUAUAAUUUAAUCAAAAACCAAAAAAAAAACAAAAAAAAUUUGCGAGCAAACACUAACUUUAUUUCAGAAACCCUGGCAAAAAAAAAAACCCCACCACAUGACUUCAAAGCAACGGGUUUUACUUUGGACCCCAGGCCUUCCCCAAUGCUCCUGAGAGACUCGACGAGAUCAAUCGGCGUUCCAGCUCCGAGAAGGGCAACAAAUUAAGCGAUGAACUCCCUCCUGUUUCGCCCCUACCACCACCCCCCCCCCCCCCCCCGCCCCCCCACCACCACCAACUUCACGAGCCAUUCCCCAGUCACCGAUCCUGAAGACAUUGUCGGGGUGAAAGCUGGCUUUGCUUUUUGUUCCAUUUUGGCUUCCUGUUCUCAAUUCUGCCUUCGUUCUGUAUGGUUUUGUAUGUGGCCAUGGGAGUUAGUUACCCUUUUUGUUGGUUGUAUGAGGAAUGAUCUCCGCUGUCUCACUUGGUUUGCUCGCCUGUCUUUUGCAGGGAGGGAUGUGGGUUGGUAGAGAAUGCUGACAUUUAACUGAAGCUGUGCUGCAGCUGCAUGCCCUCUGCUUCUUGGGUUUAAAUGGUAAUUGGGCAGCAAUGCAGCUGAAAUAAAGUCUGUGUUGCUCCUGUGCUGUGGAAUUCUGUCUGCCUUUGCCUGUUUAAGCUAUCAGCCAGUUGGGGGGGGGUGGUGGGAUGUGGGGGAUUGGGGAGCUCUGAGGCUUCAGGCUGGAUUUCCUUCAUUGAGGUGGGAGGAGUCUGCAUCUUAAGAGCAGGAAAGAUUGUCUUCUUACAGGGCAAUGCCACUUUUAUAAGCACUGGUGAAAUGUGCUUCUCUCUCUCUUUCCUUUUCUCUCUGGCUGUCCAGCACUGACUUAUCAUACCACUGUUGAAGGGUAACUUUUAAUCUCCUCCCUGUCCCACGCUGAAAGGAGAUUGAGUUUUGCUGGCAGAGAAGGUGGGCCUGGCUCUGAGCAACUCCCCCCCCCCCCCCCCCCCCACCCCCGUCCAACCUCAUCACAGUUUAACCCAGGAUAAGAUUGACUGGUGUAAAUUUUGAGUGGAUGCUUGGAUUUGUUGCUGGGCCCCCUGUUCCCCAGCCCUCCAAUCCUUUGGAAGAAGGGAGAAGUUUGGCCUUUUUCCUCACCCCACAUCUCCCCCCCCCACCCCCACCUCUCUCCCCAACCCCGUCUCCCACCUUGUAAACCUUCAGAGCACAGUUGGUGGGAGUGAGGGCAGGGGGACACUGUCCUAUCUAAAGGGGAACUGAGCCACCAGACAUGGUGCUGUGAACCUUGUCUUAAUUGUAUUGCUUUGUCCCAAAAAAAAUAGGCUUUGCUUUGCUCUUGAUACGAAUCCCCAUUUUAAAUUUGAAAUGAACCUUGCAAGCCAUUAGGUAACUCGGUAUGUGUGUACACCCACACAGCUUGAAUCCACUGCGUUUUAAAAAUAAACACAAGUUCUGUUA